AUGGACACCAAAAAGGCCUCCGUCUGGUACCAUUCCGCGCCAAACACUGCCAAUGCAACAGAGCCUACGCAGGAAUACCGUGUCACAAAGAUUGGUGUCAAGUGUACAGUAAUGCGACUCAUGUGUCAAUUUUAUAGCCCAGACAGAUAUAGACCGAUCUAUUCAAUCCCAUCGAAAGAGCAACCAAGAAAAAAAAGAAAAAUAGCUGCUUGUGCCGUCGUGAAGAAGAAUGAUCUGCAGACAUUUGCAUGUGCAAUGGUUAAUGUACGGGCUGAUCAAGGAGUUUGUCAAUUUGAUGCAAAGCGAGAUGUUACGAAGUGUUGGUGCACCAAGGGCGACUACUGCAAUAUAGAUCUAGUCGAUCGGAUACGUGAUAAGCGUGAUGAUGAAGAAGAUGAUUACGAUGAUUUUACAGUUGAAGCUAACACAGAAUUCAAUGAAAAUGACAACAGCAUCGGAGAGGAUGAAGAGGACGAUAGCCAAGAUUUGCGUGCACCCGCAACAAGUACUGUAGCCGAGAGAAUAGACGCGGUGGAUAUGAGAAAGCCCGUUGAGCCGAAACAAAAUAAUCCAGAAGAGGCGGCCCUUCCUCCAUGGCGUCGCAUGAACCCUCUGAACGCCAAUGACCCUUGGAAGCCACCUCCACCACCACCGAUGCCUGGAAGACAGCCGAUCCUCCCUCCGACAACCACUUCCACUACUACAACAACUACCACAACAGCUCCACCAACCACUACAACCACCUUGAGUUAUGAAGAAAGAAUGAGGAUUUAUGAAGAGAGACGACGUGAAAUUGAGCAGCAACGAGAGGCAGAACUGAAACGACGGGCUGAAUUGGAAAGACAACGGUUGGAGGAGAGGAGACGCUUGGAAUCUCAACAUGAAUCCAGAAGAAAGUUCGGUGAGGAGUCUCAAAGUUGGCGAGCUGCUCCUGAAGUUCCAAUAACUACCACAACCACCACUACACGGACAACUCCAUCAACUACUUCAACCACAACGACUACAACAACUACCACAACUACAACUACAGCUCCACCAACCACAACAACUACUACAACUCAUCGGCCAACCACAACUACUACCUCAAGAGCUGCUUCUGUCGUUGAACAGACUGAGAAGAAGAGCUACGAGUCGUACUACAGAAAUUGGAAACCGCAUCGUAGACCAUUGGACUUGAAUCCAACUCAGGUUUCUAUUGAAUCGGUUAGCGCAAUCGUAUAUCCACCGAAGAACUUUGUGAAGGCUACCAAAUCGUCGUCUUCAAGUACUACCACGACUCUCGCCCCAACAACUACAACUCAAGAAAAUACAACAACUUCCAUGGCAAUCAUCUAUCCGCCUGCAAACUUUAGAAAAGCAACUAAAGGAUCGUCCACAACAACAAAUACAACCGCUACUACUACGACUAGUACUCCAAUGACUAGAACAAUUGAGUUAGCAUUCACUUUAUCGAGAUCUGAUGAUGAGGAUGAUGACGUUGAGUUGCCGUAUAAGAUGCCAAGGAAAAUGGCGAAGGUCCCCGAAGAAGACGUGAAAGAAGUCGUGAUGUAUACACCUCGAUCUCGUGCCGAAGCUCGCCCUCUCCCGACACCAUCUGUCCGGACCCCCGCGGAGAAAAUGAACGAGUACAAGAAGCUUCUCGACGAGCCAUCCGCCUCCUCGAUUAUCCUCCCAUCCUUUAUCUCAAUUAUCAUCUUAUGGUUCUUGUUGUAA